AUGGAGAACACAAUAAUGGAUCGGGACGUGGAGAAGCGCGCCGGCGCAGUAGACCCAGCUCUCGUCGAGCAAGAAACGGGUGCAGUCCCUGCUUCAAGCUUUGAGUAUGGCGAUUCGUUGUACGCCAGGCUUCAACGACUGGGUGGGAAGAUCAAAGUCGAACAGCGAGGCAUCGAGCGCGUCCCGGAUGACGAAAGAAAUGAUAGUUCGUACUGGAACAUUGGCUCAAUGUGGCUGGCUGCAAAUAUGGUGGUCCCUUCUUUCACCAUUGGGGUCUUGGGCAAGCCCUUGUUCGGCAUGGGAUUCGUUGAUUCGGCUCUGGUUAUCAUCUUUUUCAAUUUUAUCGGAGUGCUCACCGUCUGCUUCUUCUCCAUCUUUGGCGCCGCUUUUGGACUGCGGCAAAUGGUAUUAUCCAGGUUCUGGUUUGGCUGGUGGGGUGUCAAGCUAAUCGCUAUCUUCAAUGUUCUAGCCUGUGUUGGAUGGGCUGCCGCCAACAUCAUUGUCGGAGCGCAGUUGAUCAAUGCCGUUAAUCCGGAUGUUCCAGGAUAUGCUGGGAUCUUGAUCAUCGCGUUUUGUACGCUCAUCAUCGUUUUCUUUGGCUAUCGAGUUGUGCACGCCUAUGAAUAUUGGAGCUGGAUUCCAACUUUCAUUGUCUUUCUCGUGAUCCUGGGCGUCUUUGCCCAUUCGGGUGAUUUUAUCAAUGUUCCAAUGGGAGUUGGCAAAGCCGAGCUGGGUGCGGUGCUUUCUUAUGGCUCCACCGUGUUCGGCUUUGGCACGGGUUAUACAAGCUUCGCUGCGGACUAUACAGUCUAUCAACCGAGCAACCGCCCCCGUCGUAAUGUGUUCCUGGCUACUUGGCUCGGAAUAUUUCCAACUCUUUUAUUCACUGAACUUCUGGGCGCUGCGCUUGCCACCGCGAUGGCCCACAAUGGCGGUGACAAUGCAUAUCAGCAGGGAUGGGAUGACGCAGGAGUAGGUGGUCUUCUUGGCGCCCUUCUAUUCCCACGUGUCGGAGUGUUCGGCAAGUUUUGUGUCGUGAUACUUGCCCUCUCCAUCGUGGCCAACAAUUGCCCCAACAUAUACUCAGUCUCCCUUACCCUUAUGGUAAUGGGAAGGUGGACCCGACAUGUCCCUCGAUUUGUGUGGACGGUGGUUGCUACCGGGGUUUAUAUUGCAAUCGCCAUUCCGGGGUACAGUCAAUUCGAGGCAGUGCUGGAGAAUUUCAUGCAUUUCAUCGGGUACUGGCUUGCCAUUUAUGAAGGCAUCGCUCUUACGGAGCAUUUUGUGUUUCGUCGGGGGUUCUCUGGUUAUCAUCCCGAGGACUAUGACAUGCGAGAUAAACUUCCUCCUGGAAUUGCGGCUCUGCUCGCAUUCUGCUGCGGGGUUGUUGGGAUGGUGACUGGGAUGAGCCAGUCGUGGUAUGUGGGCCCCAUCGCAAUAUCAGCUGGCCCGGCGCCAACUGGCGGCGAUGUUGGUUUUGAGAUGGGCUUUGCAUUCGCAGCAGUCUCAUAUGCCGUACUCAGAACCAUUGAGCUGAAGCUAUUCAAAAGGUAA